GUAGAAAUAAGGAUGCUGAAGCGACUUAGUUAUUUUAAAUAGUCCGUGCUAAAUAUAUCUGUAUGGUAUAUUUUAAUCCAUAGGUACCUAACAUAUUAAUAUAAUCUUGUAUUACUCGAGGGAUGGAAAUAUUCUCGUCAUAAUGACGUUUGGUAUACGGGCGAUACGCCGAUACGCCACAACAAACACAACACAGUCAACUAGGAUACUAUAAUAAAUGGUCUUAAGGUACGUUUUCCUCGGAGCGCGUUUUUUGCGCCGCAGAAACCGAUCACGUCGACGUGAUAGCUGUAUCACGUCGGCGUGAGCGUAAAACGUAUUACGCGGCGUAAAAGUGUUUUCCUAUAAAAUAUAGUGGUGGCGCGUUGAACAAUUCAGUUGACUACUGAAAGUGUGAUCAGUGUGUAGUGUAUUUGUAAUAAUUUAUUAAGUAAAUACAAUAUUACCCUUUAAGUAUUAUUAUUAUUUAUUAUUAUAUUAUUAUAAUUAUUAAUUAAUAAUUUUGCAAUUGCAAUGAAUCGUCUUGAAAGAAAGAAAAAACUAAUUGCACUGCUUAUUCUUCGACAUUUAACAAUCGAUGACGAAGAUGAAGAAUAUAUGCUCCAUGAACAUUGGAAUUUAAGAAAGAAAGUCAGUGAGAUUUAUAAUAAACGAGAAAACGAGGGUAUUUUCAAAAUGUUGAUAAAUAACCACCUUGUCGAUGAAGAACAACGAUUUAAAAGUUAUUUCCGAGUAACUCGUGAGAUGUUUGCCUACAUUUUGAACCUCGUAGAAGGGGAUUUGACAACUGCCUCAUACAACAGAGUAAAAACACCUAUAACUGCUGCGGAAAAAUUGGCUCUUACUCUUAGAUUUCUAGCCACAGGAGAAUCCUUUAGAUCGCUGGCAUUUGGUUACCGCAUCUCUCCUUCUGCUAUAAGCACAUUUGUACCCAAGGUUUUGGCUGCGAUACAAAAACAACUUGUACCUAUUUAUUUACCUUCACCAGACCAAAUAAACUGGAACCAAAAGGCUGAAGAAUUUAAAAAACGUUGGGAUUUUCCUAAUUGUGUUGCAGCCAUUGACGGCAAACAUGUGAGAAUAGUGGCACCUUCUAAGUCGGGAAGUUUGUAUUUCAACUUCAAAGGAUUUUUUUCUAUUGUACUUCUUGCAAUGAUCGAUGCUAAUUGCAAGUUUGUAGUUAUUGAUGUUGGUUCGUAUGGAAAGGAGGGCGAUGCAGGCAUUUUUAAUAAGUCAAAAAUGGGGUUGUUGGUAAAAAAUGAAACUAUAUUUCCGCCCUCGACACUCCUCCCGCAUUCUAACAUCUUGGUGCCUCACGUAAUAGUUGGUGAUAAAGCGUUUAGGUUAAGUGAGCACAUAAUGAAGCCAUACUCCAAAACACAAAUGUUAGAAGAUCCGAAUAAAAGGAAGUUCAAUUACCGACUGAGCAAAGCCAGAAGAGUAUCUGAAAAUGCUUUUGGAAUUAUGUGUGCAAUUUUUAGAAUUUUUUUCACUCCCAUAAAUCUGAAACCUGAAACUGUAGACUCGGUAAUUGUAGUGUGCUGUUGCUUGCAUAACAUGCUCAGAGAUGAUUAUAUACAUAGAAAUCCCUCCCAACUGGUUAUAUACCAAGACGUAGAAGAUUUCCCUACACAAAAUAUGAUUCCUUUAGCAGGUACAGGUGGUUUUACCAAGUCUGACGGAUUUCAAGUGAGAAGUCGAUUUACUGAUUACUUCAGUACCCAGGAUUUUACUAUUUAACUACAAUAAAAUUCAUACUUUUAAAUAUAAAUAUAAAUAUAGUGUAUAGUAGUGAUAUAAGUGGUAUUUAUGUGGUUAGGUAUAUAUAUACUA